AUGGCCCCUAUGGACGAUGACUUUGUCCUCACUCUCUCGGACAACGAAGACGGUUUCGCCGACGAACUAGCAGAAUCCGAAGCAGAACCUGCGCCCAUCUCCAACAAGAAGCGCAAGCGCGAUUCCGACGUCGCAAACCUCUCCAAGAAAGACAAGAAGUCCAAGAAGCAAAAGAAAAAGCAGCAACAACAACAAGCGGAUUCAGAGGAUGAAGAGGAGCAAGCAGCUAUCGAUCAGGAUCUAGACCCUGAGUUUGAAUUCCAACUUGGCGAUGGCACGACGGCGAAUAUGGACGACUUUGACGGCUGGACUGCUCAUAAUGCUGCCAAGAAUGCUGGCAAGAGAUUGGUUGAUAUCGAUGAUAUUAUCGCAAAGAGGAGGCAGGACAAGAAGACUGACGGUGAGGAUGAGGUUGAAGAUGACGAAGAGGAGGUUGAGUUUGCUGGCUUGAGCGACGAUGAAGACGUCCUUGCUGAAGACGCUUUCGGCAUGGGUGCUGCUCCUGGUGUCGAAAAGGACUCUGAAGACGAAGACCAAGAAGAGGACGAGGACAAGGGCAGCGAUGCUGAGGAUGGCAGCGAGGCUGGAGAUGAGUCUGACGACGAGUCUGUUGCCGAGCAUGUCCCUCACCCGGACGACGACGAGUCAGACGCUUCAGAUGUCGAGGAAAAGGAAGACGCCGAAGAGGCUGAGAAGCGCGCUGCCUUCUUCGCUCCAGAGUCAAACCUGGACGGCGACAAGGAUCCUGCUGCAAAAGCCGUAGGUUCGUUCCAGGAGCUCAACUUGUCGCGUCCCAUCAUCAAGGGCUUGUCAUCUGUUGGCUUCGCCGCCCCUACACCCAUUCAACACAAGGCCAUCCCCGUCGCUCUCCUCGGCAAGGAUGUCGUCGGAGGUGCCGUCACCGGUUCCGGUAAAACCGCCGCCUUCAUCAUCCCUAUUCUUGAACGCCUGCUCUACCGACCCAAAAAGGUCGCCACCACCCGCGUCGCCAUCCUCAUGCCCACCCGUGAAUUGGCUCUCCAAUGUUACAAUGUCGCCGUCAAGCUGGCCAGUUUCACAGACAUCACUUUCGGUCAGGCAAUCGGUGGUAUGAGUUCGCGCGAGCAGGAAGCAGCUCUCAAACAACGUCCUGAUGUUGUCAUUGCCACUCCCGGUCGUUUCAUCGAUUUCAUGCGCAAUUCGUCUGCUUUCCAAGUCGAUACCAUCGAGAUUCUUGUUCUCGAUGAAGCUGACAGAAUGCUCGAAGACGGUUUCGCAGACGAGUUGAACGAGAUUCUGACCACCAUCCCCAAGUCGAGACAAACCAUGCUCUUCUCCGCCACCAUGACUUCCAGCAUCGACAAUCUGAUUCGCGUGGGUCUCAACCGCCCUGUUCGUCUUAUGGUCGACAGCAAACGCCAGACCGUCGCAGGACUCACCCAAGAAUUCGUGCGUCUGCGCCCAGGCAGAGAAGACAAACGCAUCGGCUACCUUCUCCACCUCGUCCACGAAUCCUUUUCCACAAAAACCAUCAUCUUCUUCCGUCAAAAGAAGGAGGCUCAUCGCGUACGCGUCAUUUUCGGUCUCUUGGGCCUCAAAGCCGCUGAAUUGCACGGAAACAUGUCUCAAGAACAACGUAUCAAUGCCAUCGAAGCCUUCAGAUCCGGCACCGCCCAUUUCCUCCUCGCCACCGAUGUCGCAUCCCGCGGUCUGGACAUCAAAAACGUAGAUGCGGUCAUCAACUACGAAGCACCCCAAACCCAAGAAAUCUACCUCCACAGAGUAGGACGCACGGCUCGUGCAGGCAGACAGGGAAAAUCGUGCACCCUGGCCGCAGAACCCGACCGCAAGGUCGUCAAAGCCUGCGUCAAGACCGCUCGCGCCCAAGGAGCAAACAUCAAGUCGCGCAUUAUCGACGCCAAGGUCGCCGACGACUGGUCGCGCAAAGUCGAUUUGCUGGCCGUCGAAAUCGAAGACGUGUUGCGUGAAGAAAAGGAGGAAAAAGUGUUGGCGACCACGGAGAUGCAGAUGAGACGUACGGAAAACAUCAUGGUGCACGAAGACGAAAUCCUGAGCAGGCCGAAGAAGACGUGGUUUGAGAGUGAAAAGGACAAACGCGCUGCUCAUCAACGCGGCAAAGAAGAACUCAAUGGUGCCAUGACGCCGGGAGCUAAACUCAAGGGCGACAGGAAAAAGCUGUCAAACAAGCAAAAGAAAAAGUUGGAGGACAAGGAUGAGAGAAUGGAAGGUGGAGGUUGGAAAAAGGGAAAGGCGGAGAGAGACGGCAAGGGUGUUUUGGAGAAGGAGAAGAAGGGCAAGGGCGGUAAGAGGCCGCAGAAGGAUACGAGGAAGGGUGGACCUAGGAAGUCGAUGUAA